UUAAAUGAAAAUUAUUACUAAUAUCUAAUAAAACAUGACUGAAACAGAUGCAGCAGCGAAUCCUGUUGAUAUACCCGUAACAUUUUUACCCUACCUGGAGAAAUAUAGGCUUUACAAGUUAUUUAAGGACAUGAUGCAAGACCUGAUAGUGAACUUGCCAAGGGACCCUCUCAAGCACAUGAAGAACUUCCUUAAAAACCGCGAGGGCACGGACGCCAUCAAGCUGAUGUUACUGGUAUCGCCGGAACUGGAUUUUGAUGUGCCCAGCGUUGUUAAGGCUAUGAUAAGGGACUUUGGAUUCUUCGUGAUCACCAGGCGAACUAUUUUAGACCACUACGAGAAGCACGACGAUUAUAAGCCAGGCUGCGUGGACCCGGCUCUGAUGUCGGAGGUGACGAAAGCGCUCACCAUUAAAGACGAGGUGAUGCAGAACGGAUGGCUCAUGUAUGACCAUCCCUGUACCCUCCGCGAGGCCCGCUGCCUGCAGCAGGACGGCGUGAUCCCCACCGUGACGCUGGCGAUCAUGCCCACGCCGCCCGUGGCGCCCCCCGCGAUUAACAACCGCACUAAGCCGAGGAACUUUUUUCAGCAGGACUUUGAGGGCCUUCAAUACGCGUAUAAAGUGUCGCUUAAGGAAGUCCACAUCGAACCGUCAGAUUCCACCGACACCAUAUCCAGCAAGUGCUUCAACGCAAUCCGGGCGUGCUCCGCGGGCGCUCAGGGCCCCAAACAAGGGUUCCACGCUACAGGCGCUCCGGGGGCCUACCGCGUGGCGCUGAUUGGGCCUCGGGGCGCCGGCAGGAAGACUCAAGCAGCGGCCUUGGCGAAGCAGUUCGGUUUAGUCUGUUUAAACUUUGAGAAGUUGUUCGCCGAAGCGUCCGCCCGUGAUGACGACAUUGGAAAGUGGCUGCACCAGCACGGACCCAGCAUGGAAAUGAAAGCGCAGAUCGUGCGCAGGCGUCUACUGGAGAAGGAUUGUAUUGACUACGGGUACAUCAUAACCGGCUUUCCAGCUUCGGGGGCCGAAUUCGAGCUUUUUGAACACAUGGAGAUCCCUCCCAAUCGCAUAAUCUUCAUGAACGCCGACAUGGAAACGUGCAAGAGUCGCAUCCUGGCGCGCAGCGUGGAUUGGUGUACCGGCAAUAUGACAGCACGCGGCGCUCCGCGCUCGCUGCCUCAUCCAAAGGACACGAAAGAAGUUGUCGAGGCUGAGCUUGACUUCUACUUCUCUGACGGCAUAGCCGAGAUGCGGGCGGCUGCCGGACUCAGUGCCUGGGAGAUAGACUCCAACCAACCAAUCGACCACGUGCAGACGAAGCUUCAGGCGGCUAUCAUGGCGGCUCCGUCCUGCGACAUGAACUUCAACCAAAGCGGAGGGGGCCUGGAGAAUGCUCGCGUCGAUUAA